GGGGGCGCUGUACAUCUGCGUCGUCUGUGUUUUUACGGAAGUUCACGGAAAGAAAACAUUGGCCUUCGCUGCCAGGUUAAAGCGAACAAGACAGCUGUUAAAAGAAAGAAGAAAACAAAGAGAUGUCAGACAGCGAGGACAGUGAUUUCUCUGAUAAUCAGAGUGAGAGGAGCAGCGAGGCUGAAGAAGUGGAGGAGAAUGAGGACGAAGAAGAACAGGGAAGUGUAGCUGGCAGUGACAAGGCUGAGGAAGAGGGAGAGGAUUUGGAGGAUGAGGAGGAAUAUGAUGAAGAGGAAGAGGAGGAUGAUGACCGACCUCGGAAGAAAGCUCGGCACGGUGGCUUCAUCUUGGAUGAAGCCGAUGUUGAUGAUGAGUAUGAAGAUGAAGAUCCGUGGGAAGAUGGUGCUGAAGACAUCUUAGAAAAAGAAGAGGCUGAAGUGUCCAACCUUGACCAUGUAGUUCUGGAUGAGGAUCACUCGGGUUCAAGGAGGUUGCAGAAUCUCUGGAGAGAUUCACGUGAGGAAGCUCUGGGGGAGUAUUACAUGAGAAAAUAUGCCAAGUCCUCAGGAGGCGAACACUUCUAUGGCGGCUCUGAGGAUCUUUCUGAUGACAUCACACAGCAACAGUUGCUUCCUGGGGUCAAGGAUCCUAAUUUGUGGACGGUUAAGUGUAAGAUUGGAGAGGAGAGAGCAACUGCAAUCUCCUUGAUGCGAAAAUUCGUUGCUUAUCAGUGCACCGACACGCCACUUCAAAUCAAAUCAGUGGUUGCCCCUGAACAUGUCAAAGGUUAUAUCUAUGUUGAGGCGUACAAGCAGACCCAUGUCAAAGCUGCCAUUGAGGGUGUGGGAAACCUGCGCAUGGGCUUCUGGAACCAGCAGAUGGUGCCCAUUAAAGAGAUGACAGAUGUGCUGAAAGUGGUGAAGGAAGUUACCAACCUUAAACCCAAGUCUUGGGUUCGUCUCAAAAGAGGCCUUUAUAAAGAUGACAUUGCCCAGGUGGACUAUGUUGAACCGAGUCAGAAUACGAUUUCGCUGAAAAUGAUUCCUCGUAUUGACCUGGAUCGUAUCAAAGCAAGGAUGAGUAUGAAAGACUGGUUUGCAAAGAGAAAGAAGUUCAAGAGGCCACCACAGAGGCUUUUUGAUGCUGAAAAGAUCAGGUCUCUUGGUGGUGAGGUCAGCCAUGAUGGUGAUUUCAUGAUAUUUGAAGCGAACCGCUACAGCAGAAAAGGUUUCCUGUUCAAAAGCUUUGCCAUGUCAGCUGUGAUCACAGAAGGGGUGAAGCCCACUCUGUCAGAGCUGGAGAAGUUUGAAGACCAGCCAGAGGGCAUUGACCUUGAAGUGGUCACAGAAACAACAGGUAAAGAGCGGGAACACAAUCUCCAGGCAGGAGAUAAUGUGGAGGUGUGUGAAGGGGAGUUGAUCAACCUUCAGGGCAAAAUCCUGAGUGUGGAUGGCAACAAAAUCACCAUCAUGCCCAAGCACGAGGACCUCAAGGAUCCUCUUGAGUUUCCAGCUCAUGAGUUGAAAAAGUAUUUUCGUAUGGGUGACCAUGUGAAGGUCAUUGCAGGGCGUUAUGAAGGGGAUACAGGCCUCAUAGUCCGUGUGGAGGAGAACUUUGUCAUUCUGUUCUCUGAUCUCACCAUGCAUGAGUUGAAAGUUUUGCCCCGGGACCUGCAGCUGUGCUCUGAGACAGCCUCAGGUGUGGAUGCUGGAGGCCAGCAUGAGUGGGGGGAGCUAGUACAGUUAGACCCUCAAACUGUAGGUGUCAUUGUAAGGCUGGAGAGAGAGACCUUUCAGGUAUUGAACAUGCAUGGGAAAGUUUUAACAGUACGGCACCAAGCAGUGAACAGGCGGAAGGACAACCGGUUUGCUGUCGCUCUCGACUCUGAGCAAAACAACAUCCAUGUUAAGGAUAUUGUGAAAGUCAUUGAUGGACCUCAUUCGGGCCGUGAAGGUGAAAUUCGCCACAUAUUCAGAGGCUUUGCUUUUCUUCACUGCAAGAAGCUGGUUGAAAAUGGAGGCAUGUUUGUUUGUAAAGCACGUCACCUUGUUCUGGCAGGCGGCUCCAAGCCCAGAGAUGUGACCAAUUUUACAGUGGGCGGCUUUGCUCCCAUGAGCCCACGCAUCAGCAGCCCAAUGCACCCAGGAGGAGGCGGUCAGCCGCGUGGAGGUGGAGGUGGUGGUGGUGGUGGUGGUGGCGGCAUGGGCCGAGGCCGUGGACGACGAGACAAUGAUCUCAUUGGCCAGACUGUUCGUAUAUCCCAGGGACCAUACAAAGGCUACAUCGGUGUGGUGAAGGAUGCCACAGAAUCCACCGCUAGGGUAGAGCUCCACUCAACCUGCCAGACCAUCUCUGUGGAUCGCCAGCGCCUUACAACUGUCGGUGGCAAAGAAAGACAAGGAAGAAGUUCCACUCAUCUACGAACCCCGAUGUAUGGUUCCCAGACACCCAUUUAUGGUACUGGCUCACGUACUCCCAUGUAUGGUAGCCAGACACCCCUCCAUGAUGGAAGUCGUACUCCUCACUAUGGCUCCCAGACUCCUCUUCAUGAUGGGAGCAGGACACCAGGCCAAAGUGGUGCGUGGGACCCCAACAACCCAAACACACCAUCACGGCCUGACGACGAGUAUGAGUUCGCCUAUGAUGACGAACCCUCGCCGUCUCCUCAAGGCUAUGGUGGGACGCCCAAUCCUCAGACGCCUGGAUACCCAGAAGUGCCCUCUCCGCAGGUCAACCCUCAGUAUAACCCACAGACUCCUGGGACUCCUGCUAUGUACAACACAGACCAAUACUCCCCAUAUGCAGCACCUUCACCCCAGGGCUCCUACCAGCCCAGUCCCAGUCCACAGAGUUACCACCAAGUGGCGCCAAGCCCGGUGGGAUACCAAAACACACACUCGCCUGCCAGUUACCACCCCACUCCAUCACCCAUGGCUUACCAGGCCAGUCCAAGUCCCAGUCCGGUAGGGUACAGUCCCAUGACUCCUGGCGCUCCGUCUCCUGGAGGCUACAACCCUCACACCCCUGGCUCCAACAUUGACCAAGCCUCCAACGACUGGGUCACCACAGACAUCAUGGUGCGUGUGAAAGACACAUUCCUGGAUGGAGCCGUCAUCAAUCAGACCGGCAUUAUCCGCAGCGUCACUGGAGGAAUGUGCUCUGUUUUCCUGCAAGACACUGAGAAGGUUGUUAGCAUUUCAAGCGAACACCUGGAGCCUGUAACACCAACCAAAACAAUAAGGUACUGAUUAGCUCAUGGAAAU